AUGCCUGUGCCGUUUGAAGCCCUGCUUCCCUAUGCCAUCAUGAUUGGUAUGUUUGGCGUGACUGGGACUGGCCUGGCUUUCGUCAAGACCAUGCGGAACGAGGGCAAGCGCCCGCGAUAUUCGCUGGAUGAGUGGGACAAGCAAAGUAAGAUAACCACCUCGUCACGCGUCGCAACCCAACGGACCACUCCAGGCACUGACUAG